CCGGAAAGAUGGGACUCGGUCCAACAGGUCACAUGCCUUUCUUCUGCCACAACGGAGAUCCGUUAUCGCAACCGCCACCCGCCCACAUGGGAAUCCCACCGUACCAGUUGGAUAGCAAGGGGGCGGCAUCCAUGGGUGAGUACGGGGGCUCACCUCAGCCGCAGCCGCUUAGCCCAGCCGAAUGGAGACGACUCGGGCCGCUGCUCGCCGCCACAGGCCUCACCCGACCCCCUAUGUACCCAUUCUCGGCAGGACAAUACCCAUACCCAAUGCUUAGUCCAGAAAUGUCACAGGUGGCAAGUUGGCACACUCCCAGUAUGUAUCCCCUCUCGCCUGGUGCGGGUUUCCGAAGUCCUUACCCCAGCACGUUACCGAUCUCUACGAGCAGUCUGCCCAGCGAUUUCUACAGAUUCUCGCCAACCGGGUUGAUCCAACCCCAUCCCGGAUUAUCGCCUCACCCGCCUCAUUUAUCGUCGCAUCCCGCUAUCGUUACCCCUGGACCCAAACAGGAACUGCCCGAUCUUAAUCAUAGGUCACAAGUCGAUCACAAGAAUAAUAUAGACGGUAAGAAUAAUCAGGAUAGUAAUGAAAAAAAGAAGCCCCAUAUAAAGAAACCCCUCAACGCCUUCAUGUUAUACAUGAAGGAAAUGAGAGCCAAAGUUGUUGCAGAAUGUACAUUAAAAGAAAGCGCUGCAAUCAAUCAAAUCUUAGGACGACGGUGGCAUGCGCUGGGUAGGGAGGAGCAGGCCAAAUACUAUGAGCUGGCUCGUCGCGAGCGGCAAUUGCACAUGCAGCUCUACCCCGAUUGGUCGUCACGCGCCAACGCCACUCGCGGCAAGAAGAGGAAGCGCAAGCAAGACCCCGCCGAUGGAGGUAAUAGCAUGAAGAAAUGCCGGGCGAGAUAUGGAUUAGAUCAACAGAGUCAAUGGUGUAAACCAUGCAGGCGAAAGAAAAAGUGUAUACGAUAUAUGGAAGCAGGAGAUGGAAACGAUGGCAACCAAUCAGAUGACAAUCUAGGCAGCUGCGGCAGCAUGGGCGACGCUCACACGCCACCCGACGACGACAACGAGAGCCUCAACCAAUCGAUGUCGAGCCCGGGUGGCCUGUCAGCUCUCAGCAGCCUAACCAGCCCGGGCGGCAUGGUGCUGCCCAGUCCGUCGACCAGCGUGGCCAGCCCCUCCGUGAGUGUGGCUAGCCCGUACAUGCUCCAGAGCCCUUUGACGCCCCACGAGCUCAUGGAUGUCAAGGUGCCCAUGCCUCCCGUCUCACACCAACACCAGCCUACGCGAAAUCCUGUAGGGACGAAUCCUCAUGACAUAAACAAUCCUUUGAGUGUCAACCAAUUGACGGGUCAGUGCGUUAGGAACGAUAAUAACGAUGCCAACGGUAACAAAGAGACGCGCUCGAUCAUCAGCGUCACGUAGCCAAUACUUAAAGCAGAAGGUCCCGAAUCCUAGCCAUGUCACUUUGCCUAAUAAUACUUUGAACCAUUAUUAGCACCAACUUGAACUGAUGUGUGUCAAUAUUUGUGUCUAUACUUUAGGCAACCCUUGGUCAUUAACAUUGGAUAACACCAAAUUGUUCAGCAAGCCUGGCGUUGAACGCUAGGCUUGCUUUGGAUUAUUUUUGUUGAAUAGUCCCAAAUACUUGACAAUCUAAUAUAAAUUUUUCUUUACCCAUUCUACACUACCAACAGCACUUCGAAAAUAUUCUUCAUGCUCCAAAAUUUAGGUGUUCUUUGUACUUACAUCAUUGUCUGAUUCUAAUUGAUGAUCACAAUGUUGCCUCAAAUCAGUUAUAGCAUUUUUUCAAUGUACGGUCACUUUUAGAUUGACAGUUGACAGGUAGUCUAACGUGACGUGGCUGCUGGUCAAGUGUAGUAAAAAGUCUGAGGUGGGAUUACGAACACUACAUACGAAUCGUAUCUGCCAUGUUUUACCGUAGCGCCUUAUGGGAAAACAUGGCGGAUACGAUUCGUAUCGAGUGUUCGUAAUCCCUAUGCUGAUAUUUUGUCAGUCUGCGUAGAAACUUCUUCUUUUUUAAGACCGUGCCCAAAUUUUAGGCCUGGGUAGCUUCCAUGACAAUUUGCCGAUAUUUUUCUCGAUCUUGCGCAGCAUGCAAACACUUCAUAUUCUAAUAAACUAGUCCAUUGACGAAGGUUUCGCAGCCAUGGAUAUUUUCCGACAAAUUCUUCUUUUCCCUGAAGUUUCCAGAUGAAGUGCAGCAUGCAGUAUUUGCUACCUUUCAUGAUAUGCCCCAGAUAUUCAAGUUUUCUCUUUUUUAUCAUCUUCAUCAAGUCACCUUCGCCUUGACCUAUUCUGUUUGAGACUACUAUGUUUGAAUUGCUUUGAGCCCAUGAUACUUUGUGCAUUCUACGAUAUGGGCAUAUCUCAAAGGCUUCUAAUUUGUUCGUCAUAUUUACCUACAUGAUCCUGGUUUCACAUCUAUGUAAUAAUACAGGAUACACAUAACCUUUUAGGAACUUGAUUCUUAGUUGUAAGUUCAGCUGAGAAUUGCACAAUAUAGAUCUUCUUCUUAACGUGCCCUAUCAAGUCCCCUUGACGUUGGCGAUUAACAUGGACAAACUGUCCCUGUCUCGAGCUAUUCUAAAUAGGUGUUCUGCUUUCUUUAAUCCUGUCCCCACUCCCGGAUAUUCUUCAACCAAGAGGCCUGCUUUCUACCAAUUCCUCUGCGUCCUUCGAUUUUACCCAUCAUAAUAAGUUGAAGAAUAUUAUACCGGUCUCCCCUUAAUACGUGUCAAAAAUAGGCCAUCUUUCUAUAUUUGAUGUUAUCAGGCAGCUCGCGGGCAGCAUUUGCUCUCUUAAGGACUGCCACAUUUGUCAGCAUAGCCGUCCAUGCUAUUUUCAGUAUACGUCUGUGCAGCCACAUUUCAAAGGCCUCCAAACGGUUAGUGGUGGAUAUUUUUAAUGUCUAUGCUUCGACACCAUACAAGAGGACUGACCAAAUGUAACAUUUAAUCAUGCGCUUUCGAAGUUGAAGUUGCUGGUUAUCAUUACAGAAGAAUGACCUCAUUUUUAAAAAUGUCGUGCGGGCUAUCUCGAUUCUACUUUUUAUCUCUUUAUCUGGAUCUAGUUGUCCAGUAAAAUGCAACCAAGAUAUUUAAAACUGGGUACUCUUUGGAUUAUAUGACCAUCAACAUAUAACCGUGAAUCUUGAUGGGCCAAACGGCUAAAUACCAUGUAUUUUGUUUUUGGACAGUUUAUGUUUAGGCCAAACUCUCUUCCCACUGUGUCAAUGGCAUUUAAAAGUUGUUGUAAUCCAUUCAUAUCAUCACUUAAAAUAACUGUAUCGUCUGCAUAUCUCAUUGUAUUUAUCAGAAUUCCAUUAACUUUCACACCCAAUUCCAAAUUAUGCAGCGCUUCCUUAAAUAUUCUAUCUGAAUAUAAAUUGAAUAACAGUGAAUAUAAAUCAAAAUGUUGUAAGUCAUAUUUGUGAAAUGAUGUAAGUCUUGCUUUAGAACCUUGAUAAAUAGACCUCUUUUCAUCAGGAAAAUCAGGAAAAGUAGUGUAAGUAAGUAAUACAGCAAAAAGCUUACAUCACUUUGGAUUUCAUCCAUUCAAUUAUAUCUGUAUUUUUUAAUUUAUUAAUGUCCAUAGAUUCGAAUGAAGAUAGCUUAAGGCCUUUAUUUUGAAUAUGAAGAAUUUAAAACUAUUCAUUAAAAUUCACUCUUUGUGUAUUAUUGAAAGCUCUUUUGUGUGCUGCUAUACGUUUGUCAAGGAUUCUGCCAGUUUGACCGAUGUACAAAAUAUUGACAUACUAUACAAACCUUAUCAAAAUAUUGUUCGGCAAAGUUGUACCGCUAGGCAGACGGAUAUAUAUUUAUAAAAAACCACCUGUGAUCUUACAAACUGUGGCGUUACAAAAAAAAAGAUGGUGGGUAUUUUUGUGUAAUUUUCGUGCAGCACGUAUGAUCUCAACUGGAACUCAAGUGCUGCAAUUUUUUUUACUAUGUAUCAUAAAUGUCAUUUGCCAAAAUCACCUCUAUAUAUAUUAUAUAGAAUUUAUAUUACAAAUUUCUGAUUUUUUUAUAUUUUUAGUUAUUUAUAUGGACUGCUGUAAUGGGGGAUAAAUUCUUUGGUUGGCUUGAAAUUCCGAAGGACAAACAUCAUUUGACUCUUGAUGGGUUGUGCCGAUUCUUUUUUGCAACAUCUAUAUGGAAAUUAUUGCAUAUAAAAUAAAUUUGUCGUGUUUGCAAAAGGAAUGUUUUUUAAGGCAACCAAAGUUUCGUUAUUUUCUCAUUAUUUUUAUGUAUUUGGGUGAUGUAGUGCAAAAAAUUAAGUUUUGAUCUCCUAUUAAUUAUAUUAAACAAGUAAUGAUUUUGUUGUAAAAUGUGGGCUGGUUUUAAACUCUUACCAAAUUGAGUUUUUUGUACCUAUUGUAUAAUAUUUGAGAUAAUUUGAGUAAAAACUGUGAGGCCUUUUUGUCUACAGGAAACGUUAUUGAACAAUUUUUAUUAUUAAUUUUAUUCAUGAUGUUCCUAUAAUAAUUGAUUUUUAUAGGAUCUUGAAAAAUUGGGUUAAGAAAUUAAAAAAUAACGAAUACAUUUGCUCCACCAAUCUGUAGAAUUCUUACCAUUCCUACCUGCUUCAUCUAACCUUAUAGCCCUGUAUGGUUUUUAACUGCUGAAUAAUAAUUGCAAGUACUUCAUUCUUUUCUAUUUUAAAAGACGGGCUUGCUUAGUUUCCUCUACCAGCUCUUUCCAGCUCUAACCAACUCUUUCUUGGACGUUGGAGGUAUUUUUUCAUAUCCAGUGAUCUUAUAUUAAGUGAUCUUAUAUUAGGUGCUAUAUGUAUUUUUCAUGUUUUCCUUAGUGUCCAUUAAGUGCAAGUGAUUAGCUAACAGAUUCUGUGAGAUUUAACAUUAACAUUAACAACAUUGGUGUGUUUGAUUGGCUCGUCGAAAGUAAAUGACAUGCUACUCUCUAACAAGCCCAGAAAUGUUCCUCUUUGUUUCUGAAAUAUGUUAAGUCAUCUUCGUCUUUCUUCAGCAGAAUCCAUGUCUAUAGGUCUUAUUUUUGCCGGUGCUGCAAAUACUGUACACAAUAAAACGCCCUAUAUCUUGACUUAGUCUCUCUAGUUCAAGUGUCUUCUUUCUACUUACAACUGUUUGUAGGAGUUUCGAAUAGUAAGUAGGGAAAAAGAUCUUGUGGAUAGGUAGGUGUAACGUGUAAGGUCCACAUCACACCCAUCGAGAAGUACUUCACUUGCCGUCGUUGCCAGUAAGUAAGAAGAAAUUUUAAAUUUUGUCAUGGCAGAAUCCUUAACUACAGACGCCUCCCCAAGGGUAUUAAUGGUGGAAGAUCUGGACCACCAAUAAAUAGACAGAAAACACCUAUUUGCGAAAAAGUAGAGUUAGGUAGAUUGAAGAAAUAGUCAAAAGGAAGCAGGAAAGAUGGUUCGAGCUUUUUACAUUUCAAUAACAUAAAAACGCUGCUUGUAGAAGCAAAAAAAUGAACUGCUUACGCCUAGACUCUUGAAAAAUAUGUGCAGAGCCUGAAAAGGACCCGUAGAGCAUUUGGAGACUCUAGGAGUACGAGAGCUGAACUGCUUAUAGUCAAAAGAAAGCAAGAACGGGUGGUUCGAGCUUCUUACAUUUCAAUAACUUGAAAACAUUGGUUGUAGUAGCAGAAAAACAACUGCUCAGGCCCAGAGUCUUGGAAAAGAUGUACAGAGCCUCAACAGGACCUGUAGAGCAUUUAGGGACUCUAGAGGUAUUAGAGGUGAAAUGCCUCUAGUCAAAAAGAAGCAAGAAAGAAUGAUCAGAGCUUCUUACAUUUCAAUAAAAUAAGAACACUAGUUGUAGUAGCAGACAAAGCAUUAUUCCUUACGCCCAGAGCCUUGGAAAAAAAUGUGCAAAACCUGAUAAGGACUUGUACGAGCAUUUGGGAACUCUAGGGGUACCAGAGAUGAAGUGCAUCUGACUCUUCUGAAUUAGCUAAGGAAUGUAGAGUGGUUGAUAAAGAAAGGAUAUUUAUGUUAGGUCUUUUCAAACCUCUUCAACUAAUGUAGUCCUUAAUUGCAUCCUUUGAUCAUAGUAAGCAUUAAAAAGAAUCGUGGACAUGAUUGUUUUCGACUGUUGUGACUGCUUCCAAAUGUUUGAAUUCUUUGACAACCUCGAAAUUGUAUUUAUUUGUCGAAAUGUUUUUUCUAAUUCUUAGUCUUCGAUUUUUGGUAAGUACCAUGUACUUGGUCUUAUCGUCGUUGACUUAAUUUCCCUGGUCCCCCUCUUUCAAAAAGAGUACAACUUCUUUUGCAUUUCUGGUGGAUUGUACAAUUGUGGUCGACAUUGUCAGCAAAAGCUAACAGUAGUACCUUCGCUUCUUUGACAGCGAAGCCAUUUGUUAUUUCUCGUUGUGAUUUCCUAACUGCAUGUUCUAAAGUGAAGUUGAAUAACAAAGGGAAAAGUAGAUCAUUUUGUCUUAGACAAGUUUCGAUUUGAAACUCAUCUGAUGUACUGCUGCCAAUUUUGAUGCUUGCAGAUGGAUUCUGCACACAAAUAUGGGCUAGUUCUUCCAGUUUUCUGGGUACUUCCAUUUCAAUUAUGACUUUCUGCUACAAUACUUUAAAAAUUUGUUCUUUUUGGCUUGAACAUGACAUGUGUUACUGCACUGUGGAUUUUUCUGAUGUUAAGUUGCAUCUGAUCAUCUUGAAAAAGCCACGGUGCGAUGAAACAACAGGAAUAUGAAAAUACAAUAGAAAUUUCCAAAAAUUCUAGUUUAAAUUUACUACUUUACAAUGUUUCUUCCGGUGUUGCCAUCUACUAAAAAUAUACGUAAAACCUAUGAUUAGAGGGCUAACCUACUGAAGUUAUUUGACCUUUAUGUCAUUACAUUACUAAUAAUGCCCACAUUUUACUAUUUUAUGUAUUUAGUAAACGAACAAAUUUUUCCAUAUACAAAUACAAAUAUGUACUGCAUCAUUCGAAAACACCAUUCAUACCGGGUGAUUCAAAUUGUGCAAUUCAAUUCUUGUUUUUUUUUAUUUGUAAUUUUUAGGUUAUUUGAAUCUGCCCGGCAUGAACAAACAAAUUUAGUGCCACAUAGUUUACAGUUGUUAGCCUUUUGCAAAUAAAUUUUGCUCAAAUCGAUAUAUUAGACGAUUGUUUUAGAUUUUGUUUGGAAUAUACUUCUUGAAGGGAUAUUCUUAAAAUUAGAAGUUACAUAAAUUAUUUAAAUGGAAUUCUACAGUAAUAAGGUUUUUUGUCAUAAUAAAAACAAAAAAAAAAUCGAUUUUUAUAAAAAUCGAGAGAUCGAUUUUUAUAAGAAUUGAAAUAUCGAUUUUUACAAGAAUCGAAAUAUCGAUUUUUAUAACAAUGGAAAAAUGGAAUGGAUGGAACGGAUUUUUAAAAAAUCAAAAGAUCAAUUUUUUAUCAAAAAGUCUAUUUUUUAUAGAUGAUAAAUAUGCAGUUUCCAUUUGCGCGUCUGCUUUAUUCUCCUAACUCUAAGAGUAUCCUUUCAAAUGUUUAGUGACAAUAUUUCCUGAAAAAACUUUUAUUUUCUCUUACCAGAAUUUUGAAAAUCUUAGAAUUUAGAAUGUAUAUUGCUACAACAACUUUGUAAUUACUCUGUACAUAAAAACAAAUGUUAUAACAGAAAAACUUAUUGUAAAAUUACUUUUUUUGACUUUUUAAAUUUUAUUUGUUAAAUGUGGCGAGCCAUACAAACAUCUUUAAGUUUAAUUUUUAAUUUUUUUUUAAUCGAUUAUUUGCUAUUUUGUGCUUAGGUCAUUUAUCACGACGAUCUGUAGUUUGUGACUGUUUUUCCAUCAAAGUAUCAAAUCUAAUAGUUUAGUUUUUACUCAGUACAUUUCUUGAUACACAUUAUGUUAAUUAUUGACUGUUAAAACAUCCCAUUGGAUGAUAUUUGCAUAUUAGAUUAACGAACAAAGGUAAUAUCUGCAAAAAUAGCACCCCCAAGUAAAGAAAUGGCAAUAAUUAGCUCGAAAAAGAGAAAAUAUUUGACAGCUGACAGCCGCCAUGUUGGAUUUUCCACGUGUUGACAGCUAACAGUCGUCAUGUUGACAGCUGUCACGUUGGAUUGCCACGUGAAGUAAAUGGGCCAAUAGGAGCGUGGCAGCCAUCUUGGAAGGGGGCGUGGUUUUUAACUCACUUGCACACUUGUCAUACCUGGCGGCAAUCUUCAAAAGAUACCGUUUUUCCUACGAUCGGCAAAAUUUUUCUAUGUCCAGCCGUCCCAUACACAUAUUAAACAGCUGAAGAUAGCACAUCUAAAAAGGAAAACCCUAAAUAGGCUACUGUUGUAAUACAGUUAGACAAUUGGACUGAUAUUAUUGACUGACGCUUCCUCUAGUUGACCAUGAAGGUCUAUUAUGUAUUAUACCCGACAGAAAAAGUGUAUUUAAGAAUUUUAUAAUAUAUUGUAAUCUCAAGAGCAAGCAAAAUGAUAAUAGUCUUACCAAGUUUCUACAAUUUUUUACUGAAGAGCUUGAUCUUCCGAGCAACGAGUGGAGUGUUUGGUACCCUACAGUGGAGCUCUGGUUCAAUAAAACAAAAUUUAUUUCUGGUAUUUGCAAUGAGAUAUGGUACAUCUUUACUUCACACUUUUUUAUGCCCAAAAGCUCUUUAUCUAAUAGGUCUUUGCUGUUGAAUUUGUUGGAGAUUAUUCACAAAUAUAAUAUCAUCACCAAUUUUGAUACUAUUUCUAACUUUAUUUUUCUUUUGUUUACUAAAUUUCCAUCCAAUAUUAAUCGUUCAAGUAGUUCAAACGAAUUUUCAAUUUUCUUAUAUCAGUGUAACGUGGAUUGUCUAACAAAAUAAUACAUACAGCGGUGCAUUAUAUGGAGUGUAUUGUGAGUUGCCUAAUACAUGUACAAAUUUUAAACAGUCGAGACUGAAUCACAGAAUAAAAACAAUUAUUUGUUUUUUACAACAGUUUUUCAGUAAUUUGAAUCUUCAGUUGUGGUUGUGAUCCAGUGAUGUUAGUGUAAAUAGGGCUUUUCAUCGAUUGUCAUUUGUUUCGAGCUUCUGUCAUUUGUCACAUAAUAUUAAUAUAACUACGACAUACGUAUUUGCUUUGUAUCAUGUAAAAUACCAAUGACGUAUGACGUAGAUAUAUUAAUAUUAUGUGACACAUGACAGAAGCUCGAAACAAAUGACUGUGAAUGAAAAGCCCUAUUGGUCGAAUAUGGCUUUUCAUCGAUUGUCAUUUAUUUCGAGCUUCUGUCAUGUGUCACAUAAUAUUAAUAUAUCUACGUCAUACGUCUUUGGUUUGUAUCAAUGGUAUUACCAACAACGUAUGACGUAGAUAUAUUAAUAUUAUGUGACUUAUGACGGAAGCUCGAAACAAAUGACUAUGAAUGAAAAGCCCUAUUUCGAAUUUAUUUAUUCCUUUGUGAGUAUCUAUUCUUUAUUUAAUAUUUUUAUGAUUAACAGAUAAAUUAGCACUGCUAAAACCAUUUUUACUAUCAAAUUGUUUUAUAUUAUCCUUAUUCUGCAGAUAGAUAGAUCCUUUGAUAGAUAUAAAACUACUAAACUAUAGAGAAAAUCGGAAUUGGAGAAAUUUAUAGUCACAAUAAAUACAUAGUUCAACUUUUUAAUACAAUUUUUGAACAAUAAAUACAUUUACAAUGUUCUAAAAUUUCAUUGUAUCAGGUGAUAAAAUUAGUAUAUCUGUGAAAAAAUCAUUGAUUUCAUGUAAAAAAUCUUAUAUAGAUAUUUGAUGGUUUUAAAUACGAGGGGUAGCUGAUAAAAAAUCUGUGCAGAAGUACGGCUGAUUUUGCUUUGUUUUUUUUUAACAAUCACAAAAAGUGAAAAAAUCAUUCAUCAAAACGUUUCUGCAAGUACUUGGAGGGAAUGCGAGAAACGAUCGUGCUCGAAUAGCGGAGAAAUCUUGCAACUUUCUUAAACAAUUCAUAUUGUCAAUUGAAAUUGUCAAAUUGAUGUAUAUUUCAUAUCUACUGACCCUACUGUCAUUGAAGAAGAAAAAUUAUGUUGCUCCACAAUAGUAAUAUGAUAUAAUUGAAUAUGAAUAUAUUUCAUUAAUUGUAUUUUGCUUGCAGUACUGCAUUUUAAUAAUUUAUUUUAUUUACUACAUACAAUUGUUUACCUUUUAAUAACAUAACCUCAGUCUUACUUUUUCUUCUUAUAAUUUUUUUGUGCUACGGCCUUGACAAGUGUCCAGCAACCAGGACUAAUAUAAUUGGCCAAUAUAAUUAAAAGUGCGAAAAAAGUUGCUGAGCUAUGAAACCAGGUGUCGCUUUUCCGAACUUGCACGGUCCCAAUACCUGUUAGAGAAAAAUGGUUCAAAUAAAACUUAUAGAUCAUAAAAAGUUCUUUAAUUAUAAGAGUUUAUAAAUUAAACUACAUACACAGUUGACUGAGAUAAUUGUAGAAAAUCGUUAUUGUUGCAGUAAUUUAUAAAAUGUUAAUAUCUUUGUUUUUUGCAUAACGACAUGGAAUAAUAACUACCCAAAAUUGUGGCAGUUAAUGAUUUAAUAUUAAAGUGUGUUAAAUUUCAAAUAGAUCAACCAAAUAGUUUAUGUUAUUCAAUUUAAUAAGGGUCUUCUGCAAUUAUCUCGGUCAAUUGCUUAUGUAUUUUAAUUUGGAGACUCAAAAUUAAUUAACUUUUUAUAAUUUACAACCACUGAACCAUUUUUUUCUAAAAUGUAUAGAGACGUAUUAUAGACAAACACGAUUUUUUCACUCUUUAUGAUUGUUUAAAAAAACGACAAAGCAAAAUUAGCUGACUGUAUUCACAGAUUUUUCAUCAGCUGCCGCUCAUAAUAAUAUACACUCCAAGAAAUUAAAGCACCAUCUUAAAAUUAGGACAUUUUUUAAUUCUCGAAUUUCCUAAGUUCGAUUUUAGUGAUUUUUUUAAUAUGUUAUAGCCUUAUUUUUUAAGAGUAUCGCUGUAGUAAUGUUGCUAGACAGGUAAAUGUCAUUGUAUACCGGGUGUAACAAUGAUACUGUGUUUUUUCUCAAAGUUAAGAAUAUAAUCACUCUAUGAAAUAUUGUAGUAUUUGUAAAAUAAACUUAAUAAGGCUUUCUUAACAUUUUAUUUUUGAUUCAUUCACUUAUGUUCGAUAAGAAAAGAGAUAAGUACUUUUAUAUUAAAAAUUAGGUUUGCUACUUGGUCUUGAUCAAUAUCAUUCGAAAUCUCGAGAGCCUACUGUUUAUACCUCUUGUAAGGUUCUAGGAGGUGGCAAGCGCUAGCAUAGUCUUCUGCCAUUUAUGUCCCACAAAUUUUCGAUCGGAUUAAGAUCUGGCCUAUGCGGUUGUCAAUUUAGAGUCCGAAGAUUUACCUGUUGUAAAUAUUUCGUUACAGUUCUUGCAUUAUCGUGCAUUAGCAAAAAAUUGUUACCAAUAUAAGGAGCUGAUAGCAUGGUAGUUAAGUACUUUGCUCUGAUUGAACACACUUAUCGCGGGUCAAAAAAAUGCUGUCACCAGACAACAAAAAAAAGUUACGGACUUAAUUUUAACUUUAAGUAAUAAAUCUACUAAUUUGCACAUCAAACCAGAAACUUUUUUUAUGUUAAUAACUUGACAUUUAUGACAUUAUUAAUUUCUCAUAGCCUUAGUUUUGUUUAUUAAACUAAGCAGAAAAUGAGGAUAUAUGGAUGAAAAACAUGGCUAGUUAUUAAAGUACCUAACUUUUUUAUUAUACAACAUAAGAGAACGCAUCAAACAAAAAAGGUUAAGAAAACCUGACGCUACAGUUUUUUAAUUUCAGUAUUUUUUAAAUGCUAGAAUAUUCCAGAUGCUGUUGCAAACUUUGAGAAAAAAACACAGUUUUACUGGUACACCCGGUAUACAAUGACAAUUUACCUGUCUAGCAACAAAAUUAUUACAGCGAUACUCUUAAAAAAUAAGGCCACAACAUAUUAAAAAAGAAUGUGUGUGUACUUUGUACGCACGUAAGAAGUUAUACUUCUAUUAUAUGAUUUCAACGAAAUUAAUAUACUUUAAACAGUUUAUUUAUAUUUUAUUUAAAUAUUAAACUAAUUUUAAUACUUACUACUUCUCAAAAAUUUUUAUUAAAACAGUGCCAAAAAUUAAAAUAAAAGAAUAAAACACACACAAACAAACACAUUGAAAAAUGCCACAAGUGAUUUCUAAACAAUGUAGGAAAUUUUUUUAACUAAAUACGUAUUUUCUGAAAAAAAAAAAUUAUAUAAUAAACUUACAAUCAUAAAAUGUAUAAACAAAUAAAAAAAAAUAAAAGUUUCCAUUGGGAUUCGAACCCGCUUAUCAGCGCAGUUAGUAUUGAAAUUCAUUCACCUUAAACUUUUACCCACGGAGACGAUGUGCCAUCAUGUGCGAAGAUCAACUAACUAAACGUAUUAAACUUUUGACGGUUCUGAAUUUAACCAAAUUAUUUUGAUUUUGAAUUGAAAUUAUUUAGAAUUGAAAGAAAUAUUAGAAUACAACAAAACAUAGAGUAAGAAAACAAUAUAUUAGGUGAAUAUUGAUAGAAAUUUUGAUGGUAAUCAAAUUAUGUAAAUCGAAGCAUUACAUGCUAUUUUAGUAGGUUCUUUUUAAAUUUUCCAAAUAGUUAGGUCCUACCUAUGAAAUUUUUUAUUAGGAUACUGAAACAUUUACAAUUAUUACGUACCUCCCGUUUUUAAAAUUAUUUAAAAAGUCACUACAAUAUUAUAAACUUGCAUUUUUCUCUGCCAUCACAACAAUAAAAACUAAUAUACACAACAUUAAUUUGUUUAUCCAAAAUCUCCAUAUUGAACAAUUAUUGACAGAUGAUUUUAACACCCAAUCAGAUCCCGUAUAACGUUUAUACCAUACUGUCUGUGUGCGCAUGCGCGCAUAAUUAUGAAAUUUUACUCUCAAUCACGCCCAAAGAAGUAUAACUUAAAAAAAAAUCACUUAAAUCGGACAAGUUUAGGAAAUUCGAGAUAUCAAAAAUAACCCAUUUUUAGGUGGUGCGUUAAUUUCCUUGAGAAGUGUAAUAAUUAUGCAAUCUACUUGAAUGUGAUUUUUUUGUGAUGGGUAUAUAAGUCUGAUAAAUGACCUAAUGGAAACGAAUCACUUCCAAUACAAAUAUAUUUUUCGAUCAAACUUAUUUCGAAGCUUUAAGAUUGUGCAAAUAUUUCUGACCAUUGCAAUAACUUAGAAAUUGAUUCUUCUGAUGUAAAUAAAUUUUUCGACGACUACUAACACACGGCUAGAAAAAACUGUUUUUUCUUUAUAGGAAACGCUUUGCGUGUUCAGUUUUGUGUUAUUUUUUUAAUAUGAAAAGAGAUGUGAUAUUUUAUACUAUUUAAAAUGAACACUAUGUUUGGCUUCCCUCAGGUUUUUGCAUUUAUUGAGUUUUUUUAUAGAACAAACUACCAUUCGAUAGUAGAGUAACUUCGAUGACUAGAUUAGAUCUCACACCUUGAGAAAUAUAUCACUGUGAUGUAGACAGUGACAUAUAACAUUCAAUAUAUUGUGAGAUCUAUUCAUCAGAAAGUUCUACAAUGUAUAUUUUAUUUAACUGCGUUAAAUUGCAGCAAUUUUUGAUUGGAAAACGUCUCAAGUUUUCCAAAACGCUUUGUAUGACGAUAUUCUUCUUCAUGCACCGUGUCCUUUCGGAGCGCUGGUUACCAACAUAGCUAUCUAAAUUUUAUUCACUGUCACCCUAAAUGGCAUGAUUGUAUCAAUACUAUAUCGAUCUUGCAAGUUCUUGAACCAUGAAGACUUUCUUCUUCUUGGACUGCAUUUGCCUGCUAUUUUCCCUUGUAUAAUAUUUUGUAACCUAAAUAUAUUUUGUAACUUACGUGCAUAGAAAUCGGCCCACUUAAAAAUUUGGUAAUUUUUGAUGUCUCAUAUUUUCUAAACCUCUUGGCCGAUUUAAGUGAUUUUUUGAACAUGUUAUAGCCUGAUUCUUUGACAAUCAUCAUCAUCAUACAACCUCUUCUGUCCACUGCUGGACAUAGGUCUCUCCCAUUCUUCGCCACUCUUCACGGUUCUGUGCUUCUUGUUGCCAUUUCUUGGAUAUUCGUUUAAUGUCGUCCAUCCAGCGUGUUGGUGGUCGUCCUCUGCUGCGUUUGUCUUCUCUUGGGCGCCAGUCAAUUAGUUUUCUGGUCCAUCGUGAGUCUUUCAGUCGCGCUAUGUGACCUGCCCAAUUCCAUUUCAGCUUGGCUAUACGUUCAACGACAUCAGUGAUACCUGUUCUUUUCCUUAAGUCUUGGUUCCUUAUUUUGUCUUUUUUUGUCACGCCGAGAAUCGAUCUUUCCAUGCGCCUUUGUGCCACUCGCAUUUUUAGUGCUGUUGUUUUUGUGAGCGUGAGAGUUUCUGCUCCGUAUGUCAUAAUAGGAAGAACGCAUUGGUCAAAUGUCUUCCGUUUCAUAGCUGUCGGGAUGUUGCUCUUAAAGAUGUCUCUUAGUGAUCCAUACGCCGCCCAAGCAAGUGUUAUUCGUCGUUGAAAUUCGCAGGUCUGAUUGUCCUUGCCUAUUCUGACUUCAUGACCGAGAUAUAUGUACUUUUCUGUCAAUUCUACCACUUGAUUUUGGAUGGUUAGGUGUUCGCUGGGAACUAAAUUUGUCAUAAAUUUGGUCUUACUGAUGUUCAUUUUUAGACCUAUUGUUGAAGACACGUUUUCUAAUUCUAGUAGCAUUUGUUGUGCUUCACCCAGAUCUUCGGUAAUAAGUACUAUAUCGUCGGCAAAACGCAGAUGAUUGAGCAUUUCUCCAUCUAUCUUUAUUCCUCUAUUUUCCCACUUUAGCAUUUUAAAGGCGUAUACAAUACCACUGUAAUAAUACAAUAAUUGUCUUUGACAAUACCACUGUAAUAAUAUUGUUGCUCAACAGGUAAAUUUUCAUUGCAUACCGGGUGUACCAAUCAAGCUGUAUUUUUUUCUCAAAGUUCGCAUCACUUUGUGUAAUAUUUUAGCAUCUAUAAAAUACUGAAAUUAAAACCUAACUAUAGCCUCAGGCUUUCUUAACAUUCUUUUUUUUGAAUCAUCCGUUUAUGUUUUAUAAUAAAAAAGUUAGGUACUUUAACAACUACACAUGUUCGUCAUCAAUAAAUACACGGUGUUUCUAAAUAAGUGCGACAAACUUUAAGGGGUAAUUCUGCAUGAAAAAAUAUAGACAGUUGGCUUUAUAAACGUAUGUCCACAAAUACUUCGUUUGCGAGAUACGGGAUGUUAAAUUUUUUCUUACAAACUGACGAUUUAUUUUAUUGCUUUAAAACCGGUUGAGAUAUGCCAAUGAAAUUUGCUGGGUUUUAAGACGCAGUUAUUGCACAUUUUUUAACAUACAAUUAAGAAUUUAAUAUUCACUAUUAGCGCGCAUAAGUGUGAUAUGACCAAUCUAUUACCCGUAUGCACGCUAAUGGUGAAUAUAAAAUUCUUAAUUUUAUAUCAAAAAAUCCACAAUAACUAUCUCUUAAAACCUACCAAAUUUCAUUUGCAUAUCUCAACUGGUUUUAAGCCAAUAAAUAAAUCGUCAGUUUGUAAGAAAAAAUUCAACAUCCCGUAUCUCGGAAACGAAACAUUUGCGGACAUACGUUUAUAAGCCAACUGUCAUUAUUUUUUCAUGCAGAAUUACCCCUUAAAGAACAUGUCUAGUUGUUAAAGUACCUAACUUUUUUAUUACCCAACUUAAACGAAUGAAUCAAAAAACAUAAUGUUAGAAAACCUGAGGCUAUAGUUGGGUUUAAAUUUCAGUAUUUUAUAAAUGCUAGAAUAUUCCACAGGGUGAUGCGAACUUUGAGAAAAAAAAACACAGUUUGAUUGGUACACCCGGUAUACAAUGAAAAUUUACCUGUAUGGCAACAAUAUUAUUUCAGUGGUAUUUUUAAAGAAUCAGGCUAUAACAUGUUCAAAAAAUUACUUAAAUCGGCCAACAGGUUUAGGAAAUAUAAGACAUCAAAAAUGAUCAAAUUUUUAAGUGGACCGAUUUCUAUGCACGUAAGUUUAUAUUUGAAAACUGUUAUUACAUGUCCGAAGUACUCCACCUUUCUCUUCUUGAUUCCUUUUAUAAUCUCAGUAGUCUUUUCUCUUUAGUACCAUUAGGUAGCUGUCCGCUGGUAUAAAUGGUAUUGAAAAACGAAGUUAUAGCCUCUAAAAAAUGCUAUCAUAUACACACCUACCUAUAGUUUUUCUGCUCUUUCUAUUAAGGUAUGGUCAUCUAGUCCUAUCAAUCCUUGAUAUGACGCAUUCAGGUUAUCUGUCGUCGGCCAGAACGACGGUUUCCUUGUAUUUUAUUUCCAUUAUUAGUUGAAGGAAGUUAUGUCUUUCUUUUCUGAAUAUAUCUCCAAGAUAAGAUAUUUUAGACUAAUUUUAGUUGUUUCAUAUUUUACUUGGUUUCUUCUUUCUUCAGUAACUUCAUGUGUUGUUUUGGUUCUUUCUUUUUCUUAUUCUUUUUAGUUUAUUAUUAAAUUUGGCUACAAGCAAGGUGUGGUCGGUGGAAACAUUUGCCCCUGGGAAGGUUUUUGUACUUAUUAUACUAUUUCGUUAUCUUUGAUUAAUCAAUAUUAUGUGCUCUAUCUUAUUUCCGAUGCAUUUCUCUUUAUUAUCUUGUGGUGGUUUCCACGUGUAUAAUCUGUGAGCUCUAGUUUAAACAAUAACAAUCAUAUUCUGUUCUUCACGGAACUGAAUCGGUCAGAGUAGUCUGUCGCCUCUUUCAUUCCAUAGACCCAGUCGAUUGUCGCAAAUGAUGUUUCCAGCUUUGCCUUUUUCCACUCUGGAAUCUCCCAUUAUUAUCGUUAUUUCAUGUUUUUUCAUGCGCUGCCUUUAGAAUUGUAGAGCUCUAUAGAACUACAUACAUAUUCUUUCUCAGUAUCGGGUUUAUUGGUUGUUGGAGCAUCAUCGUCACCAAUAGUGCUACAGCCCUAUGAAAGAGCUUGGAUAUUCCCAAGUCCAUUACGCGUCAGUCAGUUCUAUCCAUUGCCAACUGUUGCCAGUUUGCUGCGCCUAUUUUUCUCCCAUCCUCACCUACACCAUCCUUCCAUCUGAGUUUUGGCCUACCCCUAUUUCUACUUCCCACAGGUUGUGACAUAAGGAUUCUUCUAGGAGGGUUGUUCUGUUGUGAUCUUGCUAGAUGUCCUGCCCAUCUUAGUCUUCCUAUUUUUAUAAGAGAUACUACGUAAACAAAAACGAUAAAAUCCUUUAUCAAAGGUAUAUUUGUUAAAAUCCCUAAAAAGGGCUACAUCACAGAACUAGUUUUCGAUCGGAUGACCGAUCAUCAUCAGUGCUUACCUAAAAUGUGUAUAACCUGAUAAGAUAAUGCAAAGUUUUUAAAAUUUUGACUACGGUUUUAAAAAGUUAUAGGUUAUACUCACGUGAAUUUAACAUGCUAACCACCAAAAUACAAAAAAUAUGCAGGUAAAAACCCUUUACAAUUGAUCCGUCAUAGGAACUUAGAUGAAUAAUGUGAACUUAAACAUGGAUGUCUAAAAUAUCCAAUGUAUUAUGCUCUAGGUACCAUUUGUGAUCAAUUGUAAAAGGUUUUUACCCACAUAUUUUUUGUAUUUUGGUGGUUAGAAUUUUAGAUCCACAUGAGUAUAAUCUAUAACUUUUUAAAACCGUAGUCAAAAUUUUAAAAGCUUUGCCUUAUCUCAUCAGGUUAUACACAUUUUAGGUAAGCACUGAUGAUGAUCGGUCAUCCGAUCGAAAACUAGUUCUGUGAUGUAGCCCUUUUUAGGGAUUUUAACAAAUAUACCUUUUAUAAAGGAUUUUAUCGUUUUUGUAACAUAUGGUAUACAGCCAACUACAGGAAAACUUUUUCCUCGUAGAUACUACGUCUUUAUCACCAAAUAUAUGUUUAUAUCUGUGGUAUAUCUCUUAGUUGUACCUCCACCUCCAAACACCAUUUUCACAGAUGCCACCGAAUAUUCCUCUCAGGAUCCUUCGUUCAAAUAUAAGCAGAAGGUUUUCGUCUGCCUUGGAGAUGGUCCAUGUCUCCGAUCCAUAUGUCGACACUGGUUGUAUAAGGGUUUUCUAUAUGUUUUUUUUUUGUUUUUUGGCUUAAGUUUGUGCUUCUCGUAUGUCUACUCAGUCUAAAAUAGCAUUUGUUUGCCAGGAUUAUCCUUCGCUUGAUUUCUUCCCUCAUGAUGUUCCUCUUUGUGAUUAAGGAGCCUAAGUAUGUGAAUUUGUUCAUCACUUUAAAGGUAGAGUUAUUAUUGGAGCAAAGACUUCUAUAAUAUUGAUAUUGAUGGGAUUUCCUUGUGGUUAUAGAAGUAGAAUAAGAUCCAAGUGGUAGAUUAGAUUCGUAAUUAUUUUUUUCUAGAGCUGCGCUUAUUGUGAGUCCUAUUCAAUUCCAGUGCUGUUUUUGCUUAUUUCAUUUUUCCUGAAUCAGUCUAUCCCAUCUCUCUUAUUCCGAGGAUAUCAAUAUUUAACCUGUUCGUUUCUUGGAUAGCUUUCUGAAUUUUUUCUGUCUCGAACAUGCUUUUAAUAUCCAAGGGCCUAUCUGAAUCAUUGGUUUAUUUUCAAAUUUUUCCUCUUUCAGGUGGGCCCUAACCUAGCUCCCUUCGCCAUUCAUAAUUACAUCAUGAAAAACUGUGACAAGCAUUUUAAAAUACUAAACACAAGAAGAGCCAUCUUUUUUGUGUACAGAUAGGCCUAUAUCAUAUGUUCAUAAAAGUUUUGCUUUGUGGCAUUCUUUACUAGCUCUUGUUGAUACUACUCUUCCACUUACUUUUUGGGCUCGUUAUUCCCAUUGUAUCACUACUUUUGUCAAAUGUUCCUCGUCUUACCUCAUUGUGAAGUUUUUUCUAAACUUACUUAACAACAAUACUUAAAUCUUGAAACUAUAUUUUUGUUUACAAAUUUAUUGGACUAUAGGAACGGGUCCAUUAUUCACUAUUGAUAACUCUUGUCAUUAUAGAAUAAGAGUGGUAGUUUGUGUCUCACUCACCGAACAAAUCAUCAACUGCCUUUUGUAUAAUUUGUAAAUUAUGUCCCAUAUCAAAGAGAUUACUUGUGCCAUAUUCCAAUUUGGGACAUAAUACACAGAUUCAACGACAGUUAACAACAACUUUUGACUGCUUAGUUGUACGAAACUACCCUUAAGUUUUGGAUAAGUGCAAUGUAAUAUAAUUUUUAAGAUGGUUCUGACCAAUACGAAGUGUUCAGCGAGGUGAGUGUCCGUAGGUGUCAACUAUUCAACUAUACUUACUUACCCCGUGGCGUUACAACCCUUCGUGGGUUUUAGCCGACUCGAAACAUGCCUCAAUUCUUCUUUGUCUUGAGCAAUCUAGUUCUCCACGCCAAUAGCUAGGUCUCCACGCCCAUAGUCUUCUUCCAGUUGGGACUUCUACCCAUACCAGUUUUACCGUUCGUUCUUCAGCUAUACUCGCUUUGGAAAUGAAUGAUAGUACAGUUUUUAUAGCAGAAUACCACAACAGUCUGUAAAAAGGGACUAUUCGACGCAAAAAUAGAAAUAUAACCAUCCCUACAAACUUACAAUACAGUGCAAAGUAUCAUAAGAAAUUGCUAUCAAUCAUUUUCAAAUGACGUACACGCAUCUUAAAGAAUAUCUUCUUAGCAGUUUUUCUAUCGUUGGCUUUAAUAUUAAAUUCCCUAACAACUAAAAGUUCGUUCAAACGAAAAUUCAUUAAUUCAUUCAAAACGUUCACAUCCUUGCUUAUUGGAUUAAAGAACGAGAUGAACGAUACAUUAAAGUCUGUCAUUAAUAAUAAAAUUGUCCUAACAUUUAGUCGUUUGGGUAAAUUGUGCUAUUUUGCCAGAUUUUUCUGUUGCCCAAUCCAUCAUAACCUCACAUAACCUGUAAAAUCUGCAUUCUUUAUUGCAAAGCUGUUGCUAUGCUACUGUCUUUUGUUAUUUUGUUCUUCUUUUUUCUGCUAUCUCUUUUUGUGUAUUCAACUCAUUCUUAAAAUUGUCUAACUCAUUUCAAUUCUAUUUAUUUGGGUUUAUCCGUCAUCUUGUAACAACGUUUUAUCUUAAAUUUUAUCACAAUGAGAAAUCCGAGACCCGAAAAUUUAAAGACCUCUACCGUGGAACCAACUUCCUGGUUGCAAUCUCAAUGCUUUCUACAAUUUACAAAGCAAUCAGACGAUGAAUAAAGCAGACGAAUGGGACUCUACAAUAUGCAGUCACAUCUUAGGACUCUUCAGAGAGGCUAUAUGGUCUUCUCUUGAAUUUUAUCGACUUAUGAUUCGUAUUUAUGCUUCCUAGUUCUUCUUGUUUUAUGUUUGAACGACCAACUAAGCCCAUUUAGCUGUUUCUCAUCGAUGGUGAUGAUCUUCGUGUUGGAAGAACCUACUACUCGCCCAGAGUUUUUUUAGACACGGAUAAUCUGCGCAUCAGGCAUAAUUUUUUAAGUUUUAGUAACAAUAUGUGGUUUUUAAUACUGACAAGCAAAAAAAGAAAUAGAUGAUCAUUUUGAUAACUAUUCAAAUAUAUAAUGUCGGUGUAAGAAAAAUGAUAAGUAGAUACCUAUUCCACAAGAAUAUUAUUUAUUAUUGAUAUAUAUUAGAUUGAUACAUAUAUAUGAUAUCUAGCAUUUUUGUGAUAUAUUUUUAACUUUUUAUUAGCCAGAAUUUGAUAAAUAAUCUAAAACCCCAUACCAUCAUUACAGAAGCAUUAAAAACAUUAAGAAAUUGAGAAUAUGAGAGUAAAAACAGGUAUAUAGAAGCAUUUGAAAGCGAAAAGAUAAAAUAUACAAAUUCAUUAUUGUAGCUAGCAAAAACUUCACAUUUGCUUUAGAGAAAAAGGUUAAAAUAGAACCAAAAACAAAACAAAAUAAUUGAUGAAUAUAGAAAGAACUAAAAGUAAAUAUAAUCACCCAACUUAACCUAAAAUUUAACAAAAUCACUGGAAUUUAUAAAAAUAACUAAUACAUCUGUAAUCAAAUUGUUAUUACGUAACAUAAAAAGAACCACAUCUUGCUAUACUUCCAUUCCCUUCUACAUUUCAUUCUCUACUUGACAUUUCUCUUUUAUGCCUGAUGCGUAGAUUGUUCUGGAAAUUGUACAUUUCGGGUAUUGGUAUUCUGAAUGCCAUCCCGGUUGUACCGAAUUUAUAGAAUAAAUGAUUAUACAUAUAUAAAUAAAUUUAGAAAUUAAUAUUUUAGAUGUUAAUAAUGUCUUUGUAAGUAGCUCUGUUCGUAACAUCGUCUAGGUUAGGAAUCAUUCAAUACAAAACUUCAAAUAUC